AUGGCGCAAGGGAACGUGAAGGAGGAAGGAGCAGGUUGCAUGAUCGAGACCGCGCGAGCCUCUUCCAUGUCCGACCAGGAAGUGAUCGUGGAAGGAAGAGACGCGAUACUGUCCGAGCUCCAGCAGGCAACCGACAACUCAGUGAAGGACAGCAAGGUGCGCGUGCUCGCACGACUGAGCAUGGAGACGAUGGAAGACGACAGCUCGUCUCUCUGCCUCCUCGUCCUUGCAAGCUCCAAGAACCCUCUCUCCCUUGCCUUCUCCUCCUGCUCCGUCGUGCUCGCUCUGGCUGACAGGCAGCAGCUGGUUGAGGUAGGGAAUUCUUGA